AUGUUCACAGCUGUGUUGCUCAUAGCUGGUUCGGCCUCUGGUGCUCAGGUGCAUUUGAGCUCAACCUCCCAAGGAGGCGAACCUGCUUACACCAACAACCCAGUGUGCAUAAAGAACAAGUGUGUCAAUCCAUUGACUCCUGGUCUAUACGACUUGCCUCGCCUCUCUGGUCUAGUGUGGCAAUGCUCUCAGCCUGGGGAAGUGCAAAAGUAUUUGCAAUUCUGCAAGGCGGCAGUUGACUACGAUCCUGCAAUUCCGUCACCUGCAAAUUCCAGCGUGGCACUGGACACAAUUACUCGAGCUCAAGAUGAAGCAGCAUCAACGACGUUCGUGUAUCACCUUAGUGGACUUGGUUAUGAGGCAUGGGACUUCAAGGAGCAGGAAAGAAUAGAUGAUGAACCUUGCGUCUCUCGCAUCUACGAGCUGGUUUGCAUGACAUACUUCCCUCGAAACCAGGGAAGCUGCAAGGCUGGAUCACAGAUACCAUACCUGAAGCCUUGCAGAACCUCUUGCGAGAAGUAUUUAGAUGCAUGCAAUGUUGAGUGCUGUGAUGACAGUGCACGGUGUGUAUUCGAGCUAUCUGCUGAAGCGGGAGGAGAGGUGAGCAAAGUUCAUGGAUAUGCGGACUUUGAAGCUCCUUCUGCUUUCUGCACUGGCCACAGUGGAUCUAGCAGAAGUGGUGCCCCGGUAACCCUACUGCUAGCACUUUUUGGCUUGCAGGUUGGACUAGGCUUGGACAACACGGAGAACAAUGGCAGCCGCUCCCGCUCUAGAGGUCUUGUGGAGUUCGGCUUACUCAUGUCGCUGCUUGUUUGUGCGGCAUCCCUGCAGGGCUGCAGCCUUGAAAUUCCAACGCAUGACCGAGCCAAUUGGAGCAGGCAGCCUAACUAUCUCAUCAAGUAUGAGCAUGUUGGCCCUGGACAGCCUUCAUCUGCAGCGAUCCUGAACUCUUGCAGUGUGGGGGCCUCAACCCGACAAGUCUGCUCCGGGCAUGGUCAGUGUGUUCCGUGGAUGAAGACUCCGCUGUCGCUGGCGAAGCCUGGAGAUGCUGUUGCCAACAUGGGCGUUGCAUUUUGCGAAUGUGAUUCUGGGUGGGCUGACCCUGAGUGCCGCACAGUCCGGAAAUCGCAGCUGAAGGCUUUCUUCCUGAGCCUCUUUGGUGGCUUCUUGGGCUUGGACCUUUUCUACAUGGGCUUCUGGCUGAGGGGCACUUUGAAGCUCUUGACACUUGGGGGCUUUGGACUGUGGUGGGCAUUUGACAUUGUGCGUGUGGGGGCUGCACCCACAUACGCGAAGCAGUUCAAGCUGAACAAUGACCUGCCUCAUUGGGUUUUCAUGCUUAUCAACGUCCUUCUUUUCGGCGGCGGUGGUUUGGCAUAUUCCAUGUCCUCGUACGCCAGGUUCAAUAAGAUGAAAAUGCGGGAGGGAGAAAAGACGCACGGCAGUGAUGAAAUCAUCAUGGACCGCUCAGAGGGAGGACAGGGUAUCAGGUCAAGAGGGAACUUCAGCUACACUGGCUAUGGAGCGACCCGUCCUGAAGAGCCGAAACUCUGUAACGCGAAGGGCGACAAGGGAAAGGGCAAAGGCGGCGGCAAAGGCGGCCGGCGUGAUGGAGCUGCCAUCGGAGAGCUAUUGCCUGAGACCAACGAAGAGGUCAAGAAAGAGUAUGAAAAAGAAUUUGAUGUAACUGCUGCCAACUCCAAGUUUGACAAGUCUGCUGUAGCUCAGGAAGGUGAGGAAGGCGUGUGCUUUGAGGGUUUGGCGGAUGAUUGGGUGCAGCAAUCUCAAAAGAUUUGCAGGCCAAAUCAGGUCAACUAUGAUACGCCACGUGAGACCUUGAUGAUAGUUAUGCAGAGGGAUGGUAACCAGCUUGGCUUUACAGCCCCUGCAAUGCGUGCAGACGAGGAGGUGGUGCGUGCAGCAGUUCGCCAAGAUGGUCAUGCCUUGCAAUUCGCAUGCCAAGAACUGCGAAAUAACGCAGACAUUGUCUUGGAAGCAGUGCGGCAGGAUGGGCAUGCACUUGUCUAUGCAUCGCCGGCCUUGAAGGCAAGAAAAGAGUUAGUCCUUGAGGCUGUGCAUCAGGACGGUCACUCCAUGGUCUUUGCAGAUGUUGCGCUUCGCGAAGACAGGGAUGUGGUUCUGGAGGCUGUCCAGCAGGAUGGCUACGCUUUGAGCUAUGCUUCUGCUGCACUUAGAGCCGAUAGAGAAGUUGUACUUGAGGCUGUACGAAGCACUGGCUAUGCUCUGCUGUUUGCGGAUGAGAAGUUCCGCGCAGACAAGGAGGUCAUGUUCGAAGCUGUCCAAAGUAACUGGCAAGCUUUGGGCUAUGCAUCACCAGAGCUCAGGAACGAUAGGGAUGUCGUGAAAGCGGCGGUGGCCACCAACAGGCAAGCCCUGGCAAUGGUCAGUGAAGAGCUCCGCAAGGAUCCUGCAAUCGUUCAGGAGGCUUUGCAGGCAGACGGCCAUGCUUUGGUUUAUUUGAACCAGACGCAGCAAGCUGACAAGGCGAUUGUCGCAGCUGCGAUCAAGCAGGAUGGUCAUGCAAUAUCCUAUGCAUCACAGCAGAUUCGCCGUGACUUGGACAUUGCUAUGCAGGCAGUUUCUGAGGAUGGAAUCACUUUGGGCUUGUUGCCACAGGAGGUGCAAGCGAACAAAUCAGUGGCGCUGCGAGCAAUUGAGAGCAACGUCAAGGCCUUUCAGAAUGUGUCGGAGGAGCUAAAGCGUGAUGAGGAUGUCCAGGAAGCCAUGUUGGCCUCGGAGCGAUACGCGCUCCUUCACUCCGUCAAGGUUGAUGGUUAUGCACUGCGCACCGCCUCCAAGCGAAUGCAAGCUGACAGGGAGAUUGUGCUGGCAGCAGUAAAACAGAAUGGAAAGGUUUUGGUCUUUGCCCCGGAGGAGUUGCGCAAGGACCGUGAGGUGGUUCUGGCUGCAGUUCGCCAGAAUGGUAAGGCUUUGGUCUUCGCCCACGAAACGUUGAAGAACGACAAAGAGGUGGUGAUGGAAGCAGUGGCCGAAGGGGGCCAUAUAGCGCUGUGGCAUGCUUCGGAGGAACUCCAGAAGGAUAAGGAAAUUCUGCUGGCUGUAAAGUGA